GGUUUGUUCCAAAGACCUUUGCCCUUUGUGUUCGCGCUUAAUUCGAGUCGAGCUGAGCUGGACGACACGAAGAGAGACGGGAAUUAGGUGAAAUGGCAUCAACAGAAGAUUCUUUCCAAGGAGCUGAUAAUCUGGAUGAUUCCUUAGCAUCACGGAGGUCAAGGAGAUCCCAAUCAAAAGGUAAAAGCGGACGUCUUGCAGCUUUAGAUCAACUAAAACGUAUCAAAAAAGGAGAAAAAAUUAAAUAUGAGGUUGAAGAAGUGAAGAAUGUAUAUGACAUUGUAGAUGAUGAGGAGUAUUCAGACGUUGUGAGGAAGCGACAAGAUGAAGAUUGGAUCAUCGAUGAUAAUGGCGCAGGUUAUGUUGAAGAUGGCCGGGAGAUAUUUGAUGAUGAUUUGCUUGGAGAUGACGAGGAUGGCACUGUGGCGGAGCAAAAGAACAAGAAAAAGAAGUUUACCUCAAAACCAAAUACAAAGAAGGUGAUCAGUGUGAAGCCUGCCAACAACAUCAUGUCAAUGUUUGCCGCAGCCGGAGUAAAGAGCAAGAAAUCUGACAAAGAUGCGAAGAUCGGGACUGAUGACCUCCUAGAUGAGAUAAUGAAUGACUUAGGGCGAUCGCCUGCUGAUAUUGCUGUCAAACCAUUGUCUAUGAAACGCAAAGCUCGUCCAUCAAACCACGGGAACACAACACCCCGAAAUACUACACCUCGAAACCCCUUUAAUAAAACUCCUAAAAAACCGAAUACCCCAUUGAUGCGUCCUCGACAGAUGGCACAAGAAAUUGCACCACCAAGGACAACAAUAAAUAGGAUAAAGGAAAACACCAGCCAGAAACCAGCUAAGAAACCUCGACUAACGGAACCAAUUAUCCAAGUGAAGGAAGAAGUAGAGGACAUAGAAGAUGAAAUUGUUACCGACAAUGACAAUUAUGGAAAUGAAGUAUCUGAUGCUGAUAUGGCUUUACUUGAUGAUGAUGAUGAUGACUUCGCUGAUGUUUUGGAAGAAGAAAUUAAGAUAAAAGAAGAAAAAGAAGUGAAAGUGGAGCCAGUCAUCAAGAAAGAAGAGAAAAAGCCUGAAUACGAUGUUGAAGCUCUGGCAUCUACUGGAUGGGAGACCAUCAAGGGUCAAGUCAACAAUGGUGCCCAGAAAUGUCUAGCCGAUGAAGUGCACAUUGAUUCAUCAAGUUUACCCCUCACAAAGAAUGAGGAAGGGGAGCAGGUACUCCGAUUCUAUUGGUUUGAUAGCUACGAGGACCCUUAUAAGCAACCAGGUGUUGUUUACCUUUUUGGUAAAGUUUGGAUAGAGUCCGCAAAGACGCACAUCAGCUGUUGUGUACCUGUGAAAAACAUAGAGCGACAAGUGUUCCUUUUGCCCAGGGAAACGAAUCAACAAACUAACGAGCCAGUUGGAUUCCGUGACAUUUAUGAAGAAUUCAACAGUAAAAUAGCAGAGAAAUACAAAUUAAUGAAAUUCAAAUGUCGAAAAGUGACAAAGAAGUACUGUUUUGAGCUACAUGAUGUUCCAGCUGAGUCAGAGUAUCUGGAAGUCAGAUAUGCAGCUGAUCUACCGCAACUGCCUUCUGAUCUGACUGGUGACACAUUCAGUGCAGUGUUUGGGACUAACACAUCAUGUUGCGAAACACUUCUGAUGGAGCGUAAAAUCCAUGGUCCUUGUUGGUUGGACAUCAAAAUGCCACAACUUUCCCCCAAACCAGUAUCAUGGUGUAAAGUUGAAGCCUUUGUUACUAGGCCUGAUCAUGUGACUGUUAUCAAGGACCUUACACCACCGCCAUUGGUUGUGAUGACAAUCAGUCUUCGGACAGUGCUGAACACCAAAACACAUCAAAAUGAGGUCAUAGCAAUUGCUGGACUUGUGCACCAUGAAUACCAUAUCCACAAGUCUGCCCCAAACCCUCCAUUUCAGCAACAUUUUUGUGCCAUAGGAAAGCCGAGUGACUGUAUAUUUCCAUUUGACUUUCAAGAUGUUGUAAAGCGAUCAGAUUCCAAAUGUGAACUGAUGGCCACUGAGCGUGCUCUGUUGGGCUACUUCUUAGCUAUGAUACAUCGUAUGGAUCCUGACAUUAUUGUGGGCCAUGAUAUUUUUAGUUUCGAUUUGGAUGUAUUGCUACAUCGCAUCAAUACCUGUAAGGUGCCCCAUUGGUCAAGAAUUGGACGAUUAAGAAGACAGGUGAUGCCCAAGUUGUCCGGUCCUGGUGGAAGAUCUGGUAACUUUGCCGAAAAGAAUGCCACUUGCGGUCGUAUGAUCAGUGACGUCAAGAUAUCGGCCAAGGAGCUCAUCCGGUGCAAGAGCUAUGAGCUGACAGAAUUGGCAAGUUUUGUACUAAAAGAAAGUCGAAUUGAGAUUCCUUUUGAAGAAAUAAAGAACAUGUACAUAUCUUCAAAGCAGUUGAUGUACCUUGUAGAACAAACGUGGGUUGAUGCAUCAUUAAUCCUUCGCAUCAUGUGCGAGUUGAACGUCUUGCCCCUGGCUCUCCAGAUUACGACCAUAUGUGGUAAUGUCAUGUCGAAGACUUUGAUGGGGGGACGGUCUGAAAGGAAUGAGUAUCUAUUGUUGCAUGCCUUCCAUGACAAAGGUUUCAUCUACCCUGAUAAACAGUUCAAGAAAAAAGCACAGCCAGUGCAAGAUAAUGAUGAAGAAAUUUCUCAGCCCAAGAAGGGACGUAAAAAACCUGCUUAUGCUGGAGGUCUUGUACUGGAGCCUAAGAAAGGUUUUUAUGACAAGUUUAUACUGUUGUUGGACUUCAACAGUUUAUACCCAUCAAUCAUACAGGAGUACAACAUAUGCUUCACAACCAUUGACCGUACCCCACCGGCAUCGCAGGCGGAAGAUGAGGACUGGCUUCCAGAAGUACCUGAUCCAAACUUAGAAGCUGGUAUUCUCCCAACGGAAAUUAGGAAACUUGUUGAGCGUCGACGUCAAGUAAAGUCUUUGAUGAAAGACAAGAACAUAAGCAAUGACCUUAGAAUGCAGUAUGAUAUUAGACAAAAAGCCCUCAAGCUCACUGCUAACAGUAUGUACGGCUGUUUAGGUUUCUCUCACUCCAGAUUCUAUGCAAAGCCUCUGGCUGCCAUGGUAACGGGGAAAGGUCGUGAGAUUCUUAUGAAGACCAAAGAACUAGUAGAGAAGAUGAACCUUGAUGUGAUUUAUGGUGAUACUGAUUCCAUUAUGAUCAACACGAAUACAAUUGACUUUGAAGAGGUCUAUAAAAUGGGAAACAAGGUGAAAAGUGAAGUGAACAAAUUGUACAAACUUCUGGAAAUUGACAUCGAUGGAGUAUUUAAGUCCAUGCUCCUACUCAAGAAGAAAAAAUAUGCUGCCCUCGCUGUCCAGAAGUCUGCUGAUGGCACGUACACCACGACCCAGGAAUUGAAAGGUCUGGAUAUUGUGAGGAGAGAUUGGAGUGGACUUGCCAAAGAAGUUGGAAAUUACGUGAUUGGUCAGAUCCUGUCUGCUGAAUCACGGGAGACUAUCGUUGAGAAUAUCCACACACAUCUAAUUGAUGUCGGUGAGAAGGUUAAAAACAACAAGCUGCCUAUGCAUAUGUAUGAGAUACACAAGAGUUUAACCAAAUCCCCGCAAGACUACCCAGACAAGAAAAGCCUCCCACACGUGCAUGUUGCACUAUGGAUGAACACUCAAGGAGGGAAGGAAGUGGGAGCGGGGGAUACUGUGGCAUAUGUUAUAUGUGAGGAUGGUUCAAAUCUACCUGCAAGCCAGCGAGCAUACCAUCCAGACGAAGCCAAGAAGCGGAAUCAUCUAAAGAUCGAUACUAAAUACUACUUGUCACAGCAAGUCCACCCGGUCGUGUCCCGAUUAUGUGACCCCAUCGACGGAACUGACGCUGCCCAUAUCGCUGAGUGUCUUGGCCUGGAUCCUUCAAGUUACAAGCAAGCCUUAAGACAGCAGGAGGCAGACCAUGAUGCAUACCAGAACUUUGAAGCUCAGAUAACUGACGAGGAGAGAUACAAAGAUUGUGAACCGUUCAAGUUUGUGUGCCCCGCAUGUAAAAGGGAAAACAUCAUAGAUGUUGUAAUCACAAGCAUGACAAACCAUAUUGUAUAUCGUUUGGAGGAGUGUUCAAAUGAAGAAUGCAUGACACCACUGUUCAAAUAUGAAGCACAAAUUAAAAAUCAACUACGAAUGAUGGUUCGAAGAUGCGUAACAAAGUAUUAUGAUGGUUGGCUUGUUUGUGAAGAUACUUCGUGCAAUCAUCGUACACGUUGUGUUCCUAUUAACCCUCAGCGCCAUGGCCUCCCUUGCCCAGUGUGUCAACGAGCUCUACUAAAGCCAGAGUACACCAGUAAAGCUUUAUAUACUCAGCUGCGAUAUUUUAAGUUCAUCUUUGAUGCCCAUCGAGCGAUUCAAAGUAAUAAGGACAAAAGUUUGACUAAACCAAUUUUUGAGAGGAAUCUGGAGGCGCGUAGCACAUACGAUAGACUUCUCCAAAUGACCGAAUCUACCAUCCAACAAAGCGGCUACUCGGAAGUUAAUCUUAGCCGGUUGUUUGAAAGCCUAUUCACAAUCAAGGUUUAAUUUCAUGGGUGCUAUAGGAGUUUAUAGAGGAUUUCAGAAGCAAGAGACAUAGUGGGAGGUUGGGACUACAAUUAAAAGUCAAUACAGUAGUAGCAUAGAUAUUUGCAAUUUAAUGAAAUCAAGGAUUAAGUGUGCAGGAUGGGGGUAGUAUACAAGAUCUGGGGUUGGUGUAUGUGCAUGAUCCAGGGUUGAUGUGCAUAAUCCAGGGUUGGGGUGCCAGAUGUAGAAUUGGUAUGCAAGGUAGAAGGGGUGUAGUUCAAGAUCCAUGCUUGGUAUGCAAGAUCCAGCUUAAAAUUUGAGCCCAAACUUAUCCACUGUUUUGUUUUGUUUUUGUUUUUUUUGCGAAUAAAACAUUCUGAGCUGUCUGUUCUGUGAUUGGUUGUGAUGUAGUUCAUACCCUCACAUGUUGACCAGCAGUUUGUGUGAAUGCUAUCUUCUGUAUGUAUAUUAAAACUAAGUUUGUGGAAAGUGUGGUAAAUUCACUUCGGCCGUCCGACCCAUUUUUAUGCCCACCCCUGGAGGCUAAUAAAACAUAUGUACAUAUAAUUAGGGGAAUUUUAUGUGGCAUAUUUGUAAGGGUACAGGCUUACAGCCAAAUAGUUGUGGGUUCCGGUCAGUUUCUGAUCACAUUGCUUGUGUCUUUAGCAAGACAGUUUGUCAAUAAUAUGUGUUAUAUAGAGCAACUUAGCUCAGUCGGCUAAUCUGGUGGUAGCCACUGUGUGUGCGCUGAACCGUAGAGAUCUCUAGG